AUGAGUGGAAACGGUAGUAAUACUAGUAUAACUAGUUCAUCUACAACUUCAGUCACACCUUCUGUUGUUGUUUCGAGUACAACAAACACUGGUGGUGGUGGCAAUACAACUUCCAAUACAUUAACACCGACAGGAACAUCAACAACAGCAACAACCAAUAUCAGUGGUAGUGGUAGUAGUAGUAGUGGUGGUGGUGGUACCAGUAUCAACAGUAGUAGUCAUAUCGGAAGUAGUAGCAGUACUGACUACACAAAGACUCACGUUGAAACUCUAACAAAGGAACUGAAACAAUUGAAAACAAAACUAGAUAACUAUGAACGUGAGAAUAAAGAUCUAAAGAAAUCAAUCUAUGAUUUAACUGCAAGAUAUGAUAUGCUUGUUUAUCAAACCGGUAAAUCACAUAAGCCAUUCAAUAUCGAUGCAAUAUUUACAUCACAAACACCAGAGGUAUCCAGUAGUGGUUCCAUAGACCAGUCGACUACACCUGUAAUCGUACCACCACCUACAUUAGUCUCCGAUGUUAACGAAGAGAGAGUAUCAUCUACACAACAAAGAACCAGUAAGAAAAUGGACGAAAGACACUUCUUUUAUAAAUUCACACUCAAAGGUCACAAUGCAAGCGUUUACUCUGUCAAGUUUUCACCAUGUGGAAAGAUGUUGGCAUCUGCAAGUUUCGAUAAGACUUUAAAGAUCUGGGAUGUUUUUAAUCAAAGAGAGAUUUCAACAUUAUCAGAACAUAAUGUAAAUGUUAGUGAAGUUGCAUGGAAUAACGAUAGUACAGAGAUUCUCUCUGGUUCAUACGACAAGACAGUAAAGCUUUGGGAUUUACAACAGCCUAGCAAAUCGAUUGCUUCGUUCAAUACCUCUGGAUUCGUGUUGGAUGUCAUGUUUUCACCGGUCGAUAACAACAUCUUCUUUGCUGGUAACACUCAGAAUCAUAUCAUUGGAUUCGACAAGAGAACUCCAAACUCUAUCUUUGUAUUAGAGAAUGAUUCAUUCAUCAAUUCAUUACAUAUAUUUAAAGAUGGUCAACAUAUUUUGACAGGUGAUUCUAAUGGAAAGCUAAAGGUAUGGGAUACAAGAAAGUCUAAUAAGAUUACUUUGCCCGAAGGUUUUCAUUCCGAUAUUGGUGUCGACGGCAUGGCAGGUAGCAAAGAGAGUUGUCCACCAAUCGAUACAUUCGAUACCUCGCAAGAAGGUAGACCCAUUUCAGGUAUUACAAUGUCAUCUACCAACAGUGAAGGUGACGAUGGUAGAUUUUUAGCUGUUAAUUCUUAUGAUAAUGUUUUAAGAGUAUAUGAUAGAUCAAAGGUAUCGAUUGUUUCACAUCCAUAUUCAUUGGCACCAAUGAAACUGUUACAUUCACUUACAAGUCAUAAGAAUAAGAAUUGGCCAAUUAAGAGCUCUAUCUUUGUAGGAAAGGAUUUCAAUGAUGGUGGUAAUAUUAAGAGAAGUGGAGAACAAACGAAAUCAGAGGAAGACGAUGACGAUGAAAAUAAAUGUGAUGAUAUCAAUCAAUCGGUAUUGCUAGCCACUGGUAGUGCAGAUUACAAUGCUUAUUUAUUCGAUAUUGGUUUUACAAAACAAUCAGGUAAAGUUUUACAAAAAUUGGAAGGACAUACUGAUAGAGUUUACUCUGUCAAGUUCCAUCCUUCGGAACCGAUUUUGGCAUCUUGCUCGGCAGAUUCCACCAUCAGAUUAUGGACACCAAAGAAAAAGAUAUUCAAUCAAUAA